AUGGAUAGAGUUAAAUGGAGAGCUAUGAUAGAAGCUCCAAUUCGGAGAGAAGAGGAAUGUAAUGGGCUAAUAUCAUCACUGCCAUUCAUAGUUGGAGCUCUAGUAGCCACUCUUGCCAGUAUUAUUGCAGACUUGUUGAGAAAGAAGCAAUUCCAUAUAACAACUAUAAGAAAAAUUAUGUCGUCGAUUGCUUUCUUUGUUCCUGCUGCAUGUUUGCUGUUGAUUCCAGCUGUAGGUUGCAGGCCAGCAGCCAUCAUUGCUCUGUUCACUCUUGCAAACGCGUUCAGCACCUUCAAGUACUCUGGUUACCUCAUAACCAACAUGGACAUGGCACCUAAAUACGCCGGUAUCAUAAUGGCUCUUACCGGUACAUUCGCAAACUCAGCUGGAUUCUUGGCCCCCGCAUUCGCUGGAUGGAUUACAAAAACUGGGCAUACUUUGGAGAACUGGCGAAAUGUCUUCAUAACCACUGCUGCUAUACUUAUCUCAGGAGGAGUUGUUUUCGAUAUAUUUAGCCAAGCCACCAUACAACCAUGGGGAGCGGGGCCAGAAAACGAGACUGAUCCAAACGAUACAAACGAAAGCAAGACGUGAAGCCUCUGAAUCUCGAGAAGUACAUAAAUACACAAACUAUAAUGAAGUGCUGUUUUAAUGUUUUUUAUAAUGU